GUCUCCGAUCGUGACCGCAGACUCGUCGAUCGUUUCGCGCGGUAUAGUCAUCGGCAGUGUCAGUCCGACUCGCGAACUGUAUCGAGGCGGAUCUCUCGGCAGCAGUCCGAGCCAAUAGCUAUCGAGCCUUCUCGAUCUCUGCGCUUUUCGACGGCGGCAGCAGCAGCAGUGCCAGCGAGUAUUAUAGAUUUUUUCCACAUACAACACACACACAGACGUCAAUAUGAAGUCUAGGCAGACCGCAGUUCUGCUAAUGCUGCUCGGCCUGUUCGCCACACAGGCGAUGGCCGUCCAGAACGUCUACUACCGAGCCCUCUCAGGAGGUGGAAGUAGCUGCGACACUCACACCUGUGGCAUCAACGCGAGAUGCACGAUAAGCGAGGGACGUCCCGUCUGCUCCUGCCUGAACCUUCACAUGGGCGAUCCGCUUCACCGAUGCGAACGCGUCGAGUGCUUGAUUAACGAGGAUUGCAUCGGUAGCCGAGUCUGCUCGUCCAACAAAUGCGUGGAUCCUUGCGCCUACGCCUGCGGCACCAAUGCCCUCUGCCACACCAAGGGCCACGUGCCCGUCUGCACCUGUCCGCCUGGAUACACUGGAAAUCCAUCCAACAAAUGCAUCUACGAUCCAGAGGCGCCUUGCAAGGAUCCGAACCCGUGCGGAGUCAACACCAAGUGCGAGGUGAUCAACGGCGUGGCAACCUGCAGCUGCCUGCCCGGCUACCGGGGCCGACCCCUCGAGGGCUGCCGCCACGAGUGCGACAACGACUUCGACUGUCCGAACCAUUUGCACUGCUCGGCCAACUUCCGCUGCGAGAAUCCCUGCCUGAGCCAGUGCGGCGAGAGCGCCGAGUGCGACGUCGUCAAUCAUCGCGCCAAGUGCACCUGUCCCAAGAGCUGGCUGGGCAACCCGCUGAUAUCCUGCCGACCGGAGUGCACCCACCACUCGGACUGUCCCGCCGGUAAGCCUGCCUGUCACUACCUCAAGUGCGUCAAUCCCUGCGACGGGGUCUGCGGCACCCACGCCAACUGCGAGCUCCAAGACAUCACGCCCGUCUGCAGCUGUCCCAAGGACAGAACCGGCGAUCCCUUCACCUUCUGCAGGCCCUUCACCGACGAGGACCUGUGCCAGCCCAAUCCCUGCGGCACCAACGCCGAGUGCCGACCCGGCCACGACAACACCGGCAAGAAGCGGCCGGUCUGCACCUGCCCGCACGGCUACCUCGGCAACGCCCUGAUCAGCUGCCAGCGCGGCGAGUGCAUCCAGGACUCGGAGUGCCCGGACAAUCGGGCCUGCAUCAACUUCAGCUGCCAAAACCCGUGCACGGGUCGCGAGUGCGGCCUCAACGCCAGCUGCUCGCCCCGCCGACACAUCGCCGUGUGCACCUGCGACGACGGCUACCGCGGCGACGCCCUCUUCGCCUGCAACCCCAUCGAGUCCGGCUCGUCGCGCACCGCCAAGUACGUCGGCCGCUACGGCCGACUCUGCAGCACCUGCUGAUCAUCUUCCUCGUUCUCAACGCACACGCCUGGCCGGUCCAACUGGCUCGUCCCCCGGCUCGCGUCGGAACUGUAAAAUAGUUGUAAUAAGCCGCGUCGUGGAAGCUUCAGCCUCGUGCGAUUAUCGACCAAUUCAUAUUUUGUCGCAUUACUUUUCGCGAAUAAUCGACGAUAAACGCACGCCAACAUCUUUUCUCUAUUCUUUUUCUUUCUUUCAUCCGAGUACUUGUACGUUUGCUAAAUAUUGUAACUUAAGAAUAAUAGCUCGUAGAUAUAUAUGUGUAAUUUAUAAUACUAUAUAAACAAUAUAAUAAUUAAUGCGUGCAAGUCUCAGUUAUACAUUUGUUGCAGCUUCGAUCGCGCCAUUGUAAUCCACUACGAUAAUUUUAUUGAGAUGUAACAUCGUUGACAAAAUUAGACCUAUAGAUAUGCAAUAAGCUUAUUGCGUAUUCGAAACUACACUACUUACUUUAAUUUUUUGUGCCAUCGUAUCUGAGGUAAACACAAGAAUACGUGCAGUCGCACACAUUGACAUUUUUCACAAACAAUCCAUACAUGUAAAAAACGUAAUUCAGUAUUUUUGCUUUACUAUAAUACGUAUUUUCUCAUUAGGCAUUCGCAUAAGAUUUUUCAAAUAAAGAUUUACUACCAUUAA